CUCUCCUCAAAAGCAAUGGGGACGAAGCGCAAAAGUCUAGAGAAAAACGUCAAAAGCAGACACAAAAUCACUUCCUUUAAUUAAUGCACCUUUUCCGUUCCUACCCAAACAUCAAAUAUGAUGCAUUAAUUUUGCAUCGCUCUCUAAAUCUACUGUAUUAAUUAAAGAGGAUUUCAUUCUAGUACACCGGUGGACCAAUGGCGAGUGUUGCACAGGUAGUCGGAGUGGACGCCAUCAGUCUGAUCAACCUGAUCGUAACGGCGGCGAGAAACGCCACCACGCACCGGACGAACUGCGAGCACCUGGCAGACCACGUGAGGAUGAUCGGGAACUUGGUGGAGAAGCUGAAAUCGUCGACGGAGCUGAUGAGUUAUCCGGCGACGGGAGAGCCGUUAGAUGGGCUGGAGGUGGCGCUGAGGAAGGCGCUUGAUCUGGUGGAGAGUUGCAGAGAGAGAAGCUAUCUGUACAUGCUUGCGAUGGGGUGGAGCGUAGUGUAUCAGUUCCGUCGGGUGCAGAACGAGAUCGAUCGCUAUCUGAAGCUCGUUCCGUUGAUUUCGCUGGUCCACGAGUAUCGUCUACAGAAUUUGAGGGACAGCUUGCAAGCCAUUGAAGAGGAUCAUCGAGAAUACACCCUUGAUGAGGAGGAUAUGGAAGCCCAGAGUGUGAUACUGAAAAGGGAUCGUACCACGAAAGAUGCUGAUAUAUUGGAGAAGUCACUGUCUCGACGAUAUCCUGAAUUGGAAUUUCACGAGGCUCUCCAAGAGGAGAAAGGGAAGCUGCAUGCUGAGUUACAGAAAUUACAAGUGAAUAAUGAUACGAAGCAAUGCCGUGUGAUUGAGCAUCUCAUUGAGGUUACACAAGAUGUUGUUAAUGUACCACCAGAAAAGAAUGUUUCCCUCGUUGCAGAGACUCAUACAGGAUCUCAGUAUGGAACGGAUACGAAAUCCAACCAUGGGGCCUGUGGCUUGCGAACUGAAUAUCAGGUUGAAUCUGAGUGGCAGACUGAUCUCUUCGACUGUUGCAGUGAACCUUGCUUAAGUUUAAAGACAUGCAUCUAUCCCUGUGGAACAUUUACAUGGAUUGCUCAUGUGGUAUCAAAAGGAGAAAUAACUCGUGAACGUGCUUGCAACGAUCUGAUGGCUUACUCCCUACUCUGUGGUUGUUUCUGUUACACUUGUUGCAUGAGGGGCAAACUGAGAAAACUUUAUAGCAUAGAGGGAGGUUCAUGUGAUGACUUCUUAACACAUCUCAUGUGUUGCUGUUGUGCAAUGGUCCAAGAGUGGCGCGAGCUCGAAUUUAGGGGCCAUGAAGGUUGCCAAGGAAGAAAAAUGAUUCCACCACCAUACCAAUUUAUGAAGCCCUGAUGGUCUGUCUUUGAGUUCAUAGUCUAGCUUGUGCAUGCAGCAUAUAUCUCCUACUUCCGAUUUGUGAAUACAGUUAGUAAUAUGCAUACACACAUAAAAUACACAUUCAGAUAGAUAGAUAGAUAAGUAGAUAGAUGGAUAUGUGUGUGUGUAUAUAUAUAUAUAUAUAUAUAGAGAGAGAGAGAGAGAGAGAGAGAGAGAGAGAGAGAGCAUUCAAAAUAGUACUAUAGUUCUGCAAAUUUCGGAGUUCAUUGUUGGUAUGCACCUGCUAUUGAGACCAUGUACAACUUGACAAGGAAAUCUGGAAAUGUCAAAUACUGUUUAUUUUAUGUAAAUUAAUCAAUUAAAUUGUGAUCCAUAUUUCUUUACAUUGGUAC